ACCGAGCGCAUGGCUCCUUCCUUCUUCACAAUUGCGACCUGAGUGUCUCUUGCUUUCAACAAUGGCUGAAGCUGCCACAACUCCAGAAGUAAUCGCACACGAUGACCUCUGCCCUAUCUGUCAGCUGCUCCUCUUCACGCCUGUGAGAACGAAAUGUAACCAUCUCCUCUGCGCAUCAUGCAUGGCGCAUUGGGCAGACGUCUCCUCCACAAACCGCAUUGAGCACUCGAGCCUAGACGUGAACCUCGCCGACUUCGACCCCAAUUAUGACCCAAGUUACGACCUCGAAGCGAAUUGUCCCAUGUGCAGGACUCAUACAAAUGCAUCACCGGACAAAGCAUUGGCUCGCCGGCUUGCAGGAAAGUACCCCACGACAUAUGCGGAAAGAAAGGUCGAAGAAGAGGUCGAGAGAGGCUCUCGAGUGGGUCAGGAUGGCGUAGAAGGAGUUAUGAUAUUGAUUGGGAACAGACAUAGGUUGGAGAGAGGGACAGAAGACGCGAACCAGCAUGACUGGACUUUCUUCGUGAGGACUUCACGGCCUGAUCUAGUGAAGGAAGUGCGCAUCAAUCUGCACCCUACGUUUAGACCUCCACGCGUUGUUCUACGAAACCCACCGUUUGAAGUGAGACGUCUUGGUUGGGGAUACUUUACUCUACAGGCAAAGAUUGUGCUUAAGGAGCCUUAUGGUUGGGUCGUCGAUGACAAUACACCGAGACAACCGAAUCUGGAGUUGACCUGGACGUUAGAUUUCGAGGGCAGAGGGAGGCAAGGAAGAGUCCGAGCAAUGGUGAAGAAGGUUGAAAGUGAAAGGACGAUUGUCGACCACGAGGCAAGACCACGGCGGACACAGACAAAUAGGCAACAUCAGGACGAUGAGGGCGACGAGGAAGACGAAGAUGAUGGCGACUACGAAGAGGCCGGUAACGAUGAUCCAUCUGAUAGCAAUGAGGAUGAUGGAGACGAUGAAGGCGAAAGUGAAUAUGUUGAAACACCCCGAAGGAGAUGAAAAAUGUUAGUAGCCCGCUUCGUUCUAGUCACCUUCAUAUUCACUGGGCUUCACAUCAGAUCAUGGUCGCAAACUUUUUCAACUUCACGCCUCUUCCUCAAGGCAUCUUCCCUGGACGAAGCAGAUUUGUUGGCAUGUCUUAUUUCGCUGUUGUAUCUGGCAAGUGCGUAUGCGAAGCUCAAUUUGACUAGUGAUGCGUAACAGUCGAGUUAGUGAGCCUUCUCAAACAAGUAUCACCGCUCACCGUCCUCGUCG